AUGGACAUCCAAUUGAUCCCAGCCACCAUCGCCUCCGUCCCCGAAAUGGUCGAUUGUGGGCGCCGCGCAUUUGAGAACGACGCUCUAGAACAUGCCAUUUUCCCAAAUCGGUCAGAAGCUCUGUUAGAGAGCAAGGAGGUCCUUGAGUACCGAAUGAACCUUAUUCGAAAGCGCUUGCAAUCACCGGAUUGGCAUUAUGUGCUUGCCACGAUUGAUUCAACCGAGGCUCCUGCGAAAGUUGUUGGUUAUGCUGGAUGGAUGGCUCCACCGCCACAGGAGAACAUCACAGAGCAAAAGCAAGUGGAAAGCGCUGUAGAGAGUCAAAUACAGCAGCGUCCCUUUGCAACAGAUGAUGAAUACAGCCCCAAAGGCAUGGAUAUGGACGCCUUCAAGCACGCGGUUGAGGUUAUUGAGAAAGCGAAGAAAGAGAUUCUGGGAAAAGAGGAGCACAGGGUAUGGUAUCUUGCAUCCUUAGCUGUUGAUCCAGACUUCAAGGGAAAAGGUAUAGCCUCGGACCUUGUGCAAUGGGGUGUUAGCAAAGCGGAAGAAGCUGGAUUGCCAGCGUAUCUGGACUCUUCUCCAGCAGCAGUCGGUUUGUACAGACGACUAGGUUUCAAAGAGCUGAGGAGAUUAAACGUGAUCAGGAACGAUGAGAGCCAUUUUUCCACUGUCAUGAUGAGGACUCCUGGUAGUGCUGAGACGUAG